AUGAGAUACGUGGAAGACAAGGCGUGCUAUAAUCAUAGACCAAAGCAAGAGACUCCAAAUAGCAGUUCAGAGUUUCACAAGGGAAGAGAUGCUACUCGUGUUUCCCAUCAUCAUCAUCAUCGAACAAGUAUGGGAAAACCAACCCCAUCUAAGUGGGACGAUGCACAAAAAUGGCUUGUGGGAUUGUCAAAAGGUGGAGAAAAAAGCCACUCCAAAACCAAGCCAAGGAACUCAAAUGCAGAUGAUUUGAGAUUGAUAGCUCCUGUGCCACAGAAGGAGCAUGAUUAUUCAAGCAGUGAGAAGGAAGAGGAAGAACAUGACACAUGUCAUGAUUUCAUGACAACUGUUAGUACUACUACUGCUGCUGCUCCUGCAACUGCUCAAUAUGAAGUAGAAACCAAAAGGGUAGAGUGUGAUGAGUCAGUUUGGCGAAGCAACAAUAACAAGGCUUCAGAAAACACAAUCCAAGUGCAACCUGUAUGUUUUAGAGACAUGGGGACUGAGAUGACACCAAUUGCUAGUCAAGAGCCUUCAAGAACUGCCACACCAAUUAGAGCCACAACUCCUGCAACUAGAAGCCCAAUUCAUUCAGGGACUUCAACUCCAAUGAGAGCUCAAAAUGGGUUGCAAGUUGCUGAGGGUGGUCAUGGUAGUGGUACUACUAGGCAGUGUGGAGGAGAAGGAUCAAGUCCUUGCAAGAGGGUUGAAGAUCAAGCUAAAAAGUUGAGUCCUCUAGAAAGCCGUGCAAUGGCUUGGGAUGAGGCUGAACGUGCUAAAUAUAUGGCCAGGUUCAAGCGUGAAGAGGUGAAGAUUCAAGCCUGGGAAAAUCAUCAGAUAAGAAAAGCUGAAAUGGAAAUGAAGAAAAUGGAGGUGAAGGCUGAGAGAAUGAAAGCUUUGGCACAAGAAAAGUUUGCAAAUAAACUAGCUGCCACUAGAAGGACAGCUGAAGAGAGACGAGCUAAUGCACAAGUGAAGCUGAAUGACAAAGCUUUGAGGACUACCGAAAGGGUAGAGUAUAUAAGAAGAACAGGACAUGUGCCUUCUUCUUUCUCUUUCAACUUCAAGUUCCCUUCCAUUUGCUGGUAG